AUGGGAAAUACCACCAGUAGCGCAUUAUCAAAGGAGAUCCUGGAGGAUCUAAAGCUCAGCACCAAAUUCACUGAAAACGAGAUCAGCCAGUGGUACGAGAACUUUCAGACUCAGUGCCCGACGGGACGUAUCACACCUGAAGAGUUCGAGCAGAUCUAUGCCCGCUUCUUCCCUGACAGCGACGCCAAGAGCUACGCACGACAUGUGUUCCGCUCCUUUGACACCAAUGAUGACGGCACUUUGGACUUCAAGGAGUACAUCAUUGCACUGCACAUGACCUCCACUGGGAAGACGACCCGAAAACUGGAGUGGGCCUUUUCGCUGUUUGAUGUGGACAAGAACGGAUACAUCAACAAGACAGAGGUGACGGAGAUCUGCCAGGCCAUAUUUAAGCUGAUCCCAAAGGAGGAGCAGAGCAGGCUACGAGAGGAUGAGAACACACCCGAGAAGAGAGCCAACAAGCUGUGGUCUUACUUUGAAAAGAAAGACAACGAGCGACUGGCUGAAGGAGAGUUCAUCAAAGGAGUGAUUGAAAAUGAGAAUGCAAUGCGUCUUAUCCACUACGAACCAAUGAAACAAUAAAGUCAUUCCUGUUUCUUCCCCUCUCCUUUCUCUCGUUAGACUCUACAAAACAAUUUUUCUCCUCUUCCCUUCGAGCCUCAGAGGCUUCCUCCUCCAUCGUCUUCAAUCUGCUUUGUGUAAAUACUCUUCUCUGCAGUGUCUUGGUUGCAACUAAUUUUUCAGUAUGUUUCACUCAUGUCAUGUUGUUUUGUUUAUUGAUGAAUUUGUUCUAUUAGAGGCUAAAAGAGGCAAAUGAAGAUGUAGUGUUUGAAAUGUGUGUGCAACUAAAAAGAAGAUUUACGGUGACUAUUAUUAAAGCAAUAUAUAAUAUAUAGGCAGGUGCUAUUUGCACCCAGGUGUCCGUAGCCAACAAUGUCAUUUGCACUCAGGGUAGAACAGCUAAUGUGGCUAUUUACACUUGUGUGUAUUCCUGGGCAUCCUGCGUCGAAAUACAACCAGUCUUUUAAACUAUUCUGCUUAAGUUUAUGUACAUAGUGUACAUUCAGCAGGUUUAUACAUCCUACAAAUUGAAAACAAGUCAACUAAACUUAAAGGUGAUAACCCAGUGUUGAUUGAGACAGGAUUCAAUCCCAGUCUCCUGUGUGAAAGUCCUGUGCUCGACAAAUUCAUCGAGCACAUAUAACCCCAUACGGGUCGGCCAGUCUGGUCCGUGGUCAGUGUUUACUUUUUCAAGUAACACUCGCAGUCCCAGAGAGUGAGUGACCUGACAGUGCGUUCAUAAAUUCAGUCUGACGCUCUACACUAAAACGAGAGCCCCGUUGGUUGAAGACACGGAGCUUUACAUUUCUAUGUGAAUUAACGAACGAUUAAGUUAAUUGCACAUUCACUCUGCUCGGCUCUUUGAUUCUCCAAGAGUGCGGUGCUCUGGAUAACCAAACGAUAUAAUCUGACAGCAUUACGAAUUUACAAACGGUCCAGUUUGAGUAUUUCUGAACGCGCCACUUGCAUCAUCUUCCACCAUAGUCUAAAACAAGCCAACAGAACUUGCUAGCUAGUGCUAGCUAUUGUCUGUGGAGCAUCGUUUUGCCCCCAGCU